GCUUCCUUCUCACCCCCGACUAUCAAAACAUUCGUGCGCUAUGGGAGAGUCCGCGUCCUCUGAAAUCCAUUUUCUAAUGUGAAAUUCGUUGUUAGUCGUCAGGAAAAUUCCGCCAAAAUUGUCUCCUCCGCCAUGCUCCAGCUGAACGACACGAUGGAUCCGGAGAGCCCGGGUGCUGCGGUUCUCCUCCCCGCAGAGACCGAGGAGGGGGUCGAGGUCGCCUUCACGCCUCCGGAGGCCGCCGGACGGGGCUUCGGACACGCAGCUUCCGUGGCCUGCUGCCCCCCGUUACAAACGCUCACGCCUUUUCAUGUGCACAACCCCACGAUGCAAGCGAAAGUCAAGGACUACUUCGUGUUCAGGCCAGGUACCAUCGAGCAGGCUGUGAACGACAUCCGGACCGUGGCGCUCCCAUCCGAGGACGGGGAGGUGCUCAGCGUCUGGCUGCUGGCAGAAGUAGACCAUUGGAAUAACGAGAAGGAGAGACUUGUUCUAAUAACCGAUAGGUCUCUGCUGGUGUGCAAGUACGACUUCAUUAAUCUGCUGUGUCAGCAAGUUGUCAGGAUAUCCCUCAACGCUGUGGACACCAUCUCAGUGGGGGAAUUUGAAUUCCCACCGAAAUCUCUCAACAAAAGAGAGGGCUAUGGGAUUCGCGUUCAGUGGGACAAACGUCCUCAGGCUUCUUUCCUCAACCGCUGGAACCCUUGGUCCACAGACAUGCCCUACGCCACCUUCACAGAGCACCCCAUGGCCCGCGCCGAUGAGAAGGUGUCCUCCCUCUGCCAGCUGGACAGUUUCAAAGCCCAGCUGAUACAGGCGGUGAAGAAAGCCCACAAGGAUCACCCCAUCCCCGGCCGGGCUAACGGCGUCCUGAUCUUGGAAAGACCCCUGCUGAUCGAGACCUAUCUGGGCAUCAUGUCUUUCAUCAACAACGAAGCGAAGCUGGGCUACUCCAUGACGCGUGGCAAAAUCGGCUUCUGAGUUUCUCAUGGGAUUGUCCCCGUCUGUCUGUCUGACAGAAGCUGCAGUUCAAAACAGCUUGCCUGUGUGUGUGGGUGUGUGUGUCUCAGUCGAGCCCGUGACAUGUCCACACUUCCUUAAUUUGGUGUUGGAGACAUGUGGUCAGCCUGCAGCAGGUAAAAGACAGUUGGAGCUGUAACGACUGCCGUUUCAUUUUAUUCAAAAAUUAAAAAUCUGCAGAUCAACCGCACACUCGCCACUCGCUUUAUGUAAGAUAACUUGCAAAACUCCUACACUCCUUGUAGAUUUAGUAAGUUCCUGAAACUUAGGGGUCAUUUCUGAUCUUGAAUGGGUUAAAUCAGGAAUUGGGUUUGUUUGAGUUUUUAUCUACAGCAACGAACCAUGAAACAAUGUUAGUUAAAACAAUUAUAUUAGACUUGGUACAUUAUUUGGUACUGAACUCAAUGGCUGCAUUAUUCCAAAAGGGAAUUUUCCAAUUAUGUCAUAUGAUGAACACAAUAAGGAGACUAACAAAUAAAUUACUUCUCUACAUCAACAACACACGCACAGUGAAAGUUACAUGUUGUUUUAUUAUGUUUAAUUUUCUUUAGUAUAGAGCAAGGAUUUGUUACUGUUGUUCUAUGCAGGAGUUUUGAUCUUGUUCCUUUAUAUUUUGCUUCCAGUAAACCACGUUUCCUCCUGAAGAACUUUAAGCAACAGAUUAUGAAAACUUGGUUGUUUUUGAUGAAGUUGAAAAAUGCCUUGAAGUGGUGCAAUAAAAAAAAAAAUCAUGGGUUCUAAUUUAAUGCUUUUACAUUUUCAAAAGCUGAAACAAGAUAGCGUGGGAGAUCCAUACCCUUUUUUAUUUUAUUUCUACAGCUACCCAGACCUGUAAACUUCCAAAAGAAAAUUCAAAACUGUUUUUAAGCCUGCAUAGGAACCAUUGAGAUGAUUGAAAGAUUUAGCAAAGUAAUGUCAAUCCAUGGCAAAGUGAGAGUAGCAGCAUUUCUUCAGACACAAUGCAAGGAGUACUUAGAACAAAAUGGGCAUGUAUUCUUAAGGAAACAAGCAACUCGAUUGCAUUUGUUGUGGGGCAAUAGGAAAAAUCUCAAAGAAGAUAAAAACGCUCAGUAAAAAAAAAAACACACAUCAUGUCUGGUGCCUAGUGUAGAAUAGAUUUAAAAUUGGUUCUGUUUGUCAGGUCCAGAUUUAACAAUGGUUUGUGCCAAAAACUAGUUUUAUUUAUUUAUUUUUAGGUGAAAAGGCUAGGUUUUCACCUUACCCGAUUCACCAAGCCUUAAAUGGUGAAAAUAUGGUUCAAGAAGAACCAUAUAUUCACUGAAAAUUUUCAAUGAACUAACAUUUUCAUAACAACAUUGACAAACACAGAAUAAAAAAAAAAUGUGUCCCCAAUGACAAUUUUUAAGAUGUGCCUGAGAAGAGUGAGAAGCCAAUUCCCCCUUUAUCCAAAUAACUUCAUUUUUUUUUAAAUCUAGGCCAAUGCCUGUCCAACCAAAAAUUCAAAACAAGCAAACCUAACAUGCCUAACACAAGCAGCACAUUUUUCUGUCCUUGCGCAUGGGCCUUGCACGGCAAGUUUGCAUGACAGAUUUUUUGUUGUUGUUGUUGUUGCACAAUAAGCUAUGCUUAGUUGUAAAUAAAUGUUUAUCUGGGUUUUUAAAAUGAAUGUAUGAAUGCUAAUAUAAAAUGUCUCAUGUAUGCCAGUUGAAAAGUAUUUUAUUUAAAAAAAAGAAAUGUCUUGUUAAAAAUGUUUUGAGGCCUCAUUUUUGAUCUGUGUUUGCAGCUCAGCAGCCAAGAUGGAAAAAAGAAAAGUAAUAAAGACGUUCCUGUUUUUGUAA